UCUGUACCAGCUGCUGAUGGUGAUGCUGAAGCAGGCAGGGGCCAGCGAGGACCUGCUGGCCUGGGCGCCCCUGAUGAACGCGGUGCUCACCGGCCUGGACUUCGGGCCCAAGGUGGUGCAGGCGAUGCUGGAGCGCGACGAGCAGCACACGAGGGAGAGGUCCCGCCUCGGGGAGCUCUGCGCGCUGCUGGUGGACUCCUUCACCACGUACAGCUCGGUGCACAGAGGGACACUGGUGCUGGUCCACUUCAAGAAGUCCACAUCCUUCUUCCAAGCCCGGGACGAGCAUUCCGCCAAGAUCGCGCUGGCGUUGGCGGGGCUCGCAGCACGGCGCACCAAGGAGAACCGCCAGCAGCCGCUCUUCCUGUGCGUGGUGUCGCGGGCGGGCCUGCUCACGGACGAGGCGCUGGUGCAGGGCGCCAUCGAUUGCGAUGGCCUGGUCCACGUCACCGACCUCAGCCUGUGGCACACGGAGCAGUACGUCCAGCAGCUCCUCUCCAACGACGCGUUGGAUGGCGACCUCAUCAACUACAUAUUCACGACCUCUGGCGGUAACCCGUUCGCCAUCCACGAGUUGUGCAACAAGUUGAUGGAAGAGCGCGUUCUGGUGCGGACGGCUGGGAGAUACGAGCUGGCCGAAGACUGGCGCGACCUGACGCGGCUGCACUGCGAGUUCCCCUACCCGGAGAAGCUGGUGGGGGUGGCGCUGGCGGAGUUCGAGAAGCUGGCCCCCGCGGAGCAGCACUUGCUCAAGAUCGCCGCCGUCUUCUGCCAGGAGACGUCCGAGGUCGCCAUCAGCUCCUUCUGCGCGCUGGACCUGGCUGAGAGCCUGCGGAAGAACCAGAGCCCCUCGAAUGGCGACCUUGCCGGCGGCGCUGUCAGGGCAGAGGUGGUGCAGCAGGUCGAGGAGCACUGCGUCCGGCUGCUGUCGGCGGACAUCUUCGUGGACGCCGCGCACCACCGGAGGAGCACCAUCUCGAGGACCGACUCCGAGGCGACCCUGGACGGACUGCUGGACGAAGAAGGCCUGGAGGACCUCGCCCCGUCGCCGCCGUCGCCGGACGCGUCCCCCUGCUCCGGCGGGGCGCGCUCCUGGAGCGGGGCGGUCCCAGGCGAGCCCGAGAUGCGGCGCUACUUCCGCUUCAAGUCGCAGCUGCUGCGCUACGUGGCGUCCACGCUCGUGCUUCAGGCGCAGAAGGAGGACAUCCUGAUCCGCAUGACGAAGUCAUCGCGCACCAGCAGGAGACUUCUGACAUCGCGCAGUGGGCAGC